AUGGCGCUCCCUCCGCAGCUGCGUCCCUUUGCCAUCGGCGACUCGCAGGCGCCGCACUGUCUCGAGCUCUACCUCGACUUCACCUGCCCCUUCAGCGCCAAGCAGCUCCGCGGCGUCGACACGCACCUGCUGCCGCUCGUCAUGCCCGGCGGCCAGUACGCGGGCAAGGUGCGCGUGCUGCUGCGCCCCUACCCGCAGCCGUGGCACAGCACGGCGCCGCUGCUCUGCGAAGCAGCCGUGGCCGUGGCGCGCCUGGCAGCGCCGCGCGGCAGCGGCAAGGACUACGACGCCGAGUGGACGAAGCUGUGCAACGCCGACGACAAUGCGGCGUGGGUGUUUGCGCGCAAGCUCAUGGAGGUGCAGGAGAGCUACUUUGACGGCCCGGCGCGCAACAAGAAUGCGGACCAGAUCCGCGCAGAGAUGGCCUCGCUCGUCAUCUCGUCGCUGGGCGAGGCGCCGCGCGUGCACACGGGCCGUCCGCUGCUGCAGGCGCCCGAGAAGGGCCUGCCGCUGGGCCAGGCCAUCAAGAACCUGCUGCGCGUCGAGAAGGAGGGCAACGCCGGUAGCGCGUGUGUGUCUGACGUCAAGUGGUGUGUCAAGAUGGGCCGGCAGAACGGCAUCCACGUCACGCCGACGGCUGUCUGGGACGGUCUCGUCAACGGCAGCAUCGGCAGCUCCUUUGGCGCCGACGAGUGGAAGGAGUUCCUCGCCAAGGAGAUUGGCAACGAGCCCUGA